UUAACCUGACUCCUGUCUGACUGCUGAGCGUGGCCACUUCCUGUGUCUGUCCUUUCAAAUUAAAGUCACACAUGGUCCAGUCAUAUAGGUUUUGAUUUAUUUUGACAAGGCGCAGCUCCUGAUAGAGUUUUACUUUUUUUUUCUGUGACUAAGCGACCAAAGAAAUCUUGCCGACUAAUGACCUUUCUGGUUGACUAACGUUUAGUCGACUAUUAGGGGGCAGCCCUAAACAUUAUACAUGUAUUAAUCAUUUGUUAUUUGUGUUUCUGUGAUACCGCCUGGGCGCUGUGACACCCAGCAGUUUGCACUGGCUGAAUUUGACAGAGAGAACUUAAAAUUCUUUCUCUUUUGAGUCCAAAACUAUUUCAGAUGUCAGUAAUGUAUCUGGUGUCUGAAUGAUGCUGUGUAUAUCUCUGUUGCAGUAGUUACUAUUGAAGGAAAGAAGAAAAACAUCAAUAUAACAGCUGAUUCAUAACUUUCCAACAGUUCUGUAUAAGUCUACACACAUGCAAUCACACAAACACACUAGUGUUUUUUCUAUUGAUUUACAGAAAUGAUCAUUUUCACAAAUUAUGAACCAGUUUGGAAUUUGACCCGACAAAGCUCCGCCCAUUUGCUGACUCACCCGAGAAAAAAAACAGUAAACUGGAUGUUUUUACGCCUCACUGAGUCAGUACACACACACACACACACACACACACACACACACUGAAGGACGGACGAUAGGAUUUACCUUCAAACCAAAACAACCACUUCACUGAGAGAGUUCAGCUACAGGAGGGAAUACUGGAAUAUGACCACUUCAACCAGCUGCUGACUGCACACACUGAACCAGAGUUUUACAAGAAAACAAAGACUCAAGGUGAAAGUAACUUUCAGGGAACAGGGAGUGGCUGAGCUGUCUGUCUGCUGUGUGUCAGCUUCACUCAGAGACUAAAUGGCUUCAAGAUUAGAGGAAGAUUUCUGCUGUUCUGUCUGUCAGGACAUCUUUAAAGAUCCUGUCAUCCUGUCAUGUAGCCACAGCUUCUGUAAAGACUGUCUGCAGAGCUGGUGGAGAGAGAAACCAACACGGGAGUGUCCAGUUUGUAAGAGAAGACAUUCAAAGGAAAAACUACCUCCUAACUUUGCUUUAAAGAACCUUUGUGAGAGUUUCUUACAGGAGAGAGAUCAGAAAGCCUCAGAGGCUCUCUGCAGUCUGCACUCUGAGAAACUCAAACUCUUCUGUCUGGACCAUCAGCAGCCGGUGUGUGUCGUCUGCAGAGAUUCAGAUAAACACACCAACCACACAUUCAUACCCAUCGAUGAAGCUGCACCACAACACAGGAAGGAACUUCAGGAAACUCUGGAGCCCUUAAAGAAGAAGUUAAAGGAUUUUGAACAGGUUAAAGUGAAGUGUGAUCAAACAGCAGAACACAUUCAGGUCCAGGCCCGACGCACAGAGAGGCAGAUUAAGGAGCAGUUUAAGAAGCUUCACCAGUUUCUAGAGGAGGAAGAGGAGGCCAGGGUGGCUGCACUGAGGGAGGAAGAGGAGCAGAAGAGUCAAGUGAUGAAGGAGAAGAUGGAGGCUCUGAGCAGAGAGAUAGCAGCUCUUUCAGACACAGUCAGAGCCACAGAGGACGAGCUGAGAGCUGAAGACGUCUCAUUCCUGCUCAACUACAAGGCUGCAGUGAACAGAGUCCAGCAGCGCCCCCUGCUGGAUGAUCCACAGCUGCCCUCAGGAGCUCUGAUACACGAGGCCAAACACCUGGGCAACCUGACCUUCAACAUCUGGAACAAGAUGAGGAACGUGGUCUCCUACACUCCUGUGAUUCUGGACCCAAACACUGCUGGUACAAGACUCAUCCUGUCUGAAGAUCUGACCAGUGUGACUCUGGGUGAGGAGAAACAGCAGCUUCCUGAUAAUCCAGAGAGGUUUGAUGGUUACUACUGGUCUGUCCUGGGCUCCAAGGGCUUUAACUCAGGGACUCACAGCUGGGAUGUCGAAGUUGGAGACAGUAAACGUUGGUCACUGGGUGUGUCAGCAGAGUCUGUCCAGAGGAAGGGACCCAUACAGUCUGGAUUAUGGACAGUAUGUCUCAGUUAUGGUGAAUACUCAGCUCUCUCCCCAUCAGAUCCACCCACUGGUCUCAGUGUGCAGAAGAAGCUCCAGAGGAUCAGAGUGAUUUUGGACCGGGACAGAGGAAUGCUCUCGUUCUUUGAUCCUGAUAGUGACACACACAUACACACCUUCACACACACUUUCACUGAGAGACUGUUUCCAUACAUUAACACUAUGGAUAAAGUGAAGAUUUUACCCGUGAAGGUCUUUGUGACUGUAGAACUACAUAAAUGACUAUGAGGAACAUCAAUCAGUUCAUGUUUUCAAGUCACACUGGCUUUUCUUCUCUGAGACUUUGAAGAACAUGUGACUUUGUUGUCCUGAUGUUGGCUGUCAUGGUGGAGAGGGUGACCAUUGUAAAAACAACUAAGAAAA